UCGUGGUAGCGAUGUGUUGUGUGUCGUUAGCUCUUCAUUUUUAUUUCAUUUCGUGAUAAGUGAACUUUUACAAUCCUGAAAAGUGAUACAUAAUAACUUGAUCCAUCCAUUACUAGUGAGAUUCUCUAGUGCUAGAUAUUUAGUGCUGUAAGUCCUGAAUAUAUUCAACCAUCUGCGCACAUCGAUUGACCAUAAGGAAGGCAAGAUGAUGGACGUGUCAGGUUCCCUCGAGGGGGCGCAGGCUGGGGGGCAGUACCCCCACUCGUACCCCACAGUUCCCCCACACUCCCUGGACCUGUACUCCAACCAGCACUGCGCGUACCCCAACACAGGCCGCUUCAGCCACCCCGGGGGCAGCCUGUACAGAGCUGGGGGCCACAUGCCCUUCCCUGCCUGGCUCAACCAGGGUGCUUCAGACAAGAUGGCGUGCUCCUCGUACAACUGGCAGACCUUCGGCAAACAUUACACACCUCAACAUGCGUAUGGUUACCCAUACCCACCAACCCCACCUGAAGAUACCCACGGUAUUCUUGCCCAACACCAUCACCAUCAACAACAACAGCAGCAACAACAGCAACAACAACAACAGUUACAACAAGAACAAGCAAUGGCUAGUGGCAGUCCAGCCAUUGCAGCGCACGCAGCGACUGAUGCAGCAAGUCGGAUGAGCCCCGACCGCGUCACAGCCUCCCCGUCCCUCUCACAAACCCCCAACUGCACCAACGACUUAAAAGAUCUUUCCUUAAAUAUUCACUCCAACUCCACCUCUAACGCUCUGCCAUCCAGUGACUCUAACACCGCUGCAAUUAACUCCAAUAAUUCUGCUGACUCAUCCUCAGCGUUGGCGGUGCCCAACAAUUCUUUAGUCCCCUCUGCCUACUCAGCGUCCAUGUUCAAUGGCUUCCACACGGCAGAAUCCUUCGAAUCCAAAGCAUCCCUCGCCCUAUCCCCCUCACACCUCAAUGGGCACCACGCCUCAUAUGGUGGAUACCCUGGACACUCGCAUGGGGCAGUGGAUUUCGGAUCCUCGGCCUAUGCAAGCGGAUAUUUCCCGGGCAGCAUGGCUUCUGUUUUGGGGAAAUCUCCUUUCGGCAUGACCACCACUUCACCCUCACCGGGGGACAAGAACAAGAACAACAAACGUUCGAAUACAGAAGGGCGCGAGUGCGUGAACUGUGGCGCAACGUCAACGCCGCUGUGGCGACGCGAUGGCAACGGCCACUAUUUGUGUAACGCGUGUGGCCUUUACUACAAAAUGAACGGCCAGAACAGACCUCUCAUCAAGCCCAAACAGAGAUCGUCGGCAAACAGACGUGAAGGAACGCAAUGCGUCAACUGCAAGACGUCGUCUACGACGUUGUGGCGACGUAACACCAUGGGAGAGCCCGUCUGUAACGCCUGUGGUCUGUACUACAAACUACACAAUGUAAGUAGACUCUAA